UUUCAGUGUUAAUAUUAUCUUAGUUUAUGCUACAGUGGAAGUCGCAAAAUAUUCAGAAAUAAAACAAACCAAAUUACUCCAGCGAAUCGGACUGACAGGAAGAGGUAAUUCGAAACGUUGCAUUUCAAAUUCGACAAAUUUCGCGCCAGAUUUAGAAAAUUACGGGAGCGUGGAAGGUGUGUUUAUAAAAAAAAGUGCAAAAUAGUUGAAGACAAAGUGUAAAAGAGAGAAGUACAGUUUUAUAAUGCUUUGAUGAUGUUUGAAGCAGCUGAAUUUGAUCAAGCAGUCGAAGAACUGAACUGCCCUAAACUAGAAAACUGGGAAUUUUUUGUUGAAACAUCUCCUGAAGGAGUUCAUUGUAAAAUAUAUCGCCAGUAUGAUCAGGCAUCUGGUCUCUAUUCUUACAAGAUGUAUGGUACCCUAGAAUGUCCUCCUGAGACUUGCUACCAAGUUUACAUAGAUCUGGAAUACCGAAAAAAGUGGGAUGACUAUGUCAAAGAAUUGUAUGAAUUUACUGAAGAAGAGAAUGGCUCAACAGUGAGAGGAAUAUACUGGAACGUUAAUUUUCCUUUUCCCCUGUCUAAUCGUGAUUAUACAUUCGUGAGAGAUUCCAGAAAAUUAGAAGUAGAUGGAGUUCAGACGUACGCUGUUCUUGGAAAAAGUCAUCCAUUUAGUUCACGGAAAGAAGUUAGUGGUGUCGUGCGUGUUUCAGAUUUUACUCAAAGUCUGGUUUUACAGCCUGACGAGAAAGGCAACACCAAAGCGUAUAUGUAUUAUUUUGAUAAUCCCGGAGGUAUGAUUCCAACGUGGUUGAUCAAUUGGGCCGCUAAGACAGGUGUGCCAAGGUUUGCAGGAAAUAUGAGGAAAGCUUGUCUAUCCUAUGAAGAUUUUCUACAAAAGAGGAAAAAAUGAUGAACUUGCCUAAUUUUAAUGAACGCUAUAUGUAGUCUGCGUAAAUUCUAACCAUUAAUUAUACGAAUAAUAUAUAAUAGACUUUGUAUCAGGUGUACAAUUAGCAAAGCACUACUUCCAUAUUUUUCUGUUGGCUUUGAUUUUUUUUUAAAAAAACUCGUUCACCCAAUGAUAUAUAAAAUCAAA